AGACCACAAUGACCUCCAGCUCUAUCAAGACUACUAGCUCUUCAGAAACGACCACACAAUUCUUAGCUACUUCUCCCGAGGCCACCACACCUGAAUCCAUCACAUCAGAAGCAGCCAGCUCUCCAAUGAGUGCAGUGCCUUCUACGGCAUCAGCAAAGAGCACAGUAACUUCUUCUAUUUCCGAAACCACGACACCAAUUCCAGAGAGCGCAGUGUCCUCCACAUCUUUUUCACAGACUAGCAUGCCGCCAUCCAGUUCGCCAAUGACCACUGCUUCUGCUUCAUCAAGUAGUGGGGCAUCUGUAACUCCCACUACCGCUUCCAGACGUCUUUCUACCCCUGAGGAAACGUCCACCUCUGCUCCAGAGAGUACACCACAUACGACAAUUUCGGAAAAGAGCACCAUAACCACUUCUGCUAGUACGGCAAUCACAGGUUCCAUUUCGGAGAGCCCAGCAUACUCCACACCUUUGCCAGAGACCACCAGGUUUGAAUCCAUCACAUCAGAAACAGCUACGGCUCCUCCAGAGAGCACGACAGCUUCAGGAAAGAGUAGCAUGGUGACUUCUCCCAUGAUGGAAACCACAAGUACUAUUCCAGAGAGCAUAGCAGUCUCCGUAGCAAUCCCAGCAACCAUCUUGACUGCAUCCACCACAUCACAAACUACCACAUCUGCUCUAGUGACCACAGAGCCAUCCAGCCCUUUUCCCGAGAGUUCCACAAUGAGGAGUAGUAAAACAAGAACCACUACUCAACUUCCAACCACCAUGGAAUACUUAACUACUUCUCCACAAAUCACCACGUUGGAAACCGCAAGAACAGCAACAGCCACUUCUCCCCCAGAGACCACAAUGACCUCCAGCUCUAUCAAGACUACUAGCUCUUCAGAAACGACUACUCAACAUUCUAUCACCACACAAUUCUUAGCUACUUCUCCCGAGGCCACCACACCUGAAUCCAUCACAUCAGAAGCAGCCAGCUCUCCAAUGAGUACAGUGCCUUCUACGGCAUCAGCAAAGAGCACAGUAACUUCUUCUAUUUCCGAAACCACCACACCAAUUCCAGAGAGCACAGUGUCCUCCACAUCUUUUUCACAGACUAGCAUGCCGCCAUCCAGUUCGCCAAUGACCACUGCUUCUGCUUCAUCAAGUAGUGGGGCAUCUGUAACUCCCACUACCGCUUCCAGACGUCCUUCUACCCCUGAGGAAACGUCUACCUCUGCUCCAGAGAGUACACCACAUACGACAAUUUCGGAAAAGAGCACCAUAACGACUUCUGCUAUUACGGCAAUCACAGGUUCCAUUUCGGAGAGCCCAGCAUACUCCACACCUUUGCCAGAGACCACCAGGUUUGAAUCCAUCACAUCAGAAACAGCUACGGCUCCUCCAGAGAGCACGACAGCUUCAGGAAAGAGUAGCAUGGUGACUUCUCCCACGAUGGAAACCACAAGUACUAUUCCAGAGAGCAUAGCAAUCCGACUACUUCUCCACAAACCACCACGUUGGAAACCGAACAGAACAGCAACAGCCACUUCUCCCCCAGAGACCACAAUGACCUCCAGCUCUAUCAAGACUACUAGCUCUUCAGAAACGACCACACAAUUCUUAGCUACUUCUCCCGAGGCCACCACACCUGAAUCCAUCACAUCAGAAGCAGCCAGCUCUCCAAUGAGUGCAGUGCCUUCUACGGCAUCAGCAAAGAGCACAGUAACUUCUUCUAUUUCCGAAACCACCACACCAAUUCCAGGGAGCGCAGUGUCCUCCACAUCUUUUUCACAGACUAGCAUGCUGCCAUCCAGUUCGCCAAUGACCACUGCUUCUGCUUCAUCAAGUAGUGGGGCAUCUGUAACUCCCACUACCGCUUCCAGACGUCCUUCUACCCCUGAGGAAACGUUCCACCUCUGCUCCACAGAGUACACCACAUACGACAAUUUCGGAAAAGAGCACCAUAACCACUUUUGCUAGUAUGGCAAUCACAGGUUCCAUUUCGGAGAGCCCAGCAUACGCCACACCUUUGCCAGAGACCACCAGGUUUGAAUCCAUCACAUCAGAAACAGCUACGGCUCCUCCAGAGAGCACGACAGCUUCAGGAAAGAGUAGCAUGGUGACUUCUCCCACGAUGGAAACCACAAGUACUAUUCCAGAGAGCAUAGCAAUCUCGGUAGCAAUCCCAGCAACCACCUUGACUGCAUCCACCACAUCACAAACUACCACAUCUGCUCCAG